GUGCGCACACUGUUGUAGAUAAGACCUUAUUUGCGAUCGGGUUUGGAGUGUUGGCAGAAAACGGUAACAAUCCACCGUCGUCUGUUCGACGGAAUCGUCAGUGGUGUCAACAACGAAUAUGGGCGCUAAAACGGUAACAAAAAUCGUCGCAAUCGUUGCUGCACUCGUUGCAGUCCAUCCGAUUGCCAGCUCUGCCGUCAAUGAUCCGGCCCAAGCUGAAGCCGAAUCGGAUCCAUCGUCGUCUUACCGGCUGCCGCGUGACACGAAACCGUUAGCUUACGGCUUGCGGCUAGUGCCAAAGUAUAACCAAGGCUCGGAUGUAUAUACAUUUGGAGGCCAGGUGGAGAUCCUCAUUUACAUAAAUUGCAUCACACCAAACGUGACGUUGAAUGCCAAGGACAUGCAGAUUCAGAGCGUGGCCAUCACUGAGUUUAAGACCCAGACGGACAUUCCGGUGGACUCUUACGAAUUAGACAACGACGCCGAGAUCCUGUACAUCUACGCAGCGAACAACCUGUUGGCUUACCGUCGGUAUCAGGUGAAGAUAGUUUUCCAAGGACUGCUGAGGACUGACAUGACCGGUUUCUAUAGGAGUAUGUAUAAGGAAAAUAAUGUAAACAAAUGGAUGGCUGUAUCGCAAUUCAAGCCCACGUACGCGAGGAGAGCGUUCCCAUGUUACGACGAACCUGAGUACAAAACUCCGUUCAAUAUAUCACUUGGCAGACAAGAGAAUCAGAUGACGUUAUCCAAUAUGCCUCGAUACUUUACGCAGAGACUAGAAUACUAUGGCUGGUAUGCGGAUCAUUAUGAAACGACACCACCAAUACCAACCUAUUUAGUGGGCGCACUUGUUGGUUAUUUGAAAAAAUCAGAUGCGAUAGAAGGAAGCGAGAUCGAUAUUUACACAUAUAGUGAUUACUUAGAUCAAGUGCUGUACGUUACGGCAGAAACUCCGACGUUGUUCGAAACCAUGAAGAAUUACACAGAUAGUUCAAACGAAUUGAAAAAAAUGGACUUUUUGUCGAUACCUGACUUUGAUGGAAAUGGGAUGGAAAACUGGGGAAUAAAUGCUUACCGAGAGAAGUACAUGUUGUUCGACGACGAUGCAAAAAUGAAAUUAAAAGAGCAAUCACAAAUGGUGAUCCAAAACCUUAAUAGCCACCAGUGGUUUGGUAAUUUAGUGACCUGUGCGUGGUGGGAUUACUUAUGGUUAAACGAUGGGUUCGGUCGGUAUUUCCAGUAUUUCGCGAUGGAAAUGGUAAAUCAGGACUGGCGGUUGGAAGAAUUAUUUGUCGUAGAGCAGCACCAGACUGCCAUGCAGUUCGACCAGACUCCGAGACACCCGAUUACCGCAUCCGUAAAAACUUCUGACGAAAUCCAAAGUUUACUUGAAGGAGUGAUUUGCAACAAAGCUGCUGCUGUUUUAAGGAUGUUAAGAUGCAUAGUAACUGAUGACAAUUUCAAAGAACCUUUACAGUUGUAUUUGAAUAACUUUAAAUACGGUGCAGUAACUCCGAGUAAUUUGUGGGCAGUAUUUGAAAAUUAUUACUUUGAAACUGGAUAUAAAUUGUCAGAUAACGUGCCAUUCACCAAUUUUAUACAGUCUUGGACUGAUCAGUCAGGUUAUCCAGUAAUAAACGUCACUAGAAAUCAAAACACUUAUAUUAUUUCGCAGAAACUUUUUUCGGUUUGGCCAUCCGAAAAUAAUACUACAAGCUGGUACAUUGGUCUUACUUACACUAAUAAUUUAGCUAGAAACUUUCGUGACUUAAGACCAGUUAGAUGGAUAAAACCUUCCACGACAGUAAUGUACUUGCGAGAUUCAAGUCUUUGUACUUGGGUGAUUUUCAAUUUGCAAAGCGCUGGAUUAUAUAGGGUGAACUAUGAUCUCAAUAAUUGGCAGCAACUUAUACAACAGUUGAACGAAUCAAAUACCGAUAUACAUGUUCUGAAUCGAGCACAGCUGAUCGAUGACUCGUUCAAUCUCGCAAGAGCAGGAAUGUUACAUUAUUCCGUAGCUUUGAACCUGUCGACUUACCUCAUGAAGGAAGACGAUGAAAUACCGUUUUACACAGCCAUUGACUGUUUGUCUUAUGUGGUCGAACGAAUGCGUCGUAGUGCUGAGGGUUACGAUUACAUAAAGUCUUAUGUUCGAAAAUUGGCCGAAUAUAUUUACAGAAAAACUGAACUUUUAGUUGUCCAAUAUCAAAAUGAUGAUCACACAACGAUAACAAGCUGGAAUAAAUUUUCUGUGUGGGCUUGCUACUUGGACGGUGAAUAUUGCACUAACAACGCAGUGUUAUAUUUCCAAAAAUGGAUAAAUAGAGAAAGAAUAUCACCCGACAUUAAAGACGCUGCCUUGUGUACAGGAAUUAAAGUCAGUAACAACGAAACUACGUGGCAAGGUGUGCUCAACGUGUACAUGACCACUAAAUCAGCAUCUGAAAAAUACUCAGCUCAGGCAGCAUUGGCUUGUUCACAAGACACAUCAAUAUUAUAUAGAUACUUGGAAUUGUUAUUUGACAGCAAUACAGGUGGCCCAAUACGUUUACAAGACUUCAAGGACAUAUGUGAUGCUAUGUCUUUGACACCUCAAGGGAUCGAAGCGUUAACGAACUUCUUAAUGAACAACCUAGAACGAAUGCUAAAGCAAAUACCUACCGGAGAGAGUAUCGUUACGUACAUGUAUAGGAUUUUAGCUUCAAAAGUAGCUCUUGAUAUUGAAAUAGCUAAGUUGAUAAAUUUGAAGAACGCUGCUGGAUUGCCACCAAAAAUUAAAGCUUCGUUCGACGAAUCGUACGUGCAGGUAGAACAAAAUCUCUUGUGGUAUAAACUUUACCACACCACAAUUAACCAAUGGACAGGAGCCCCGAUGGAACCUGUGCCAACUGAAUCGGAUACAACCUUGCCACCGUCGGACACCACUGUGCGUUUCUCAGAAACUACUGGGCCGUUGCCGGAUACGACUGUGACUGUGACGAAGUCAAAUACGACUGAAAAGCCAUUGGAUACAACCAUGUCGUCAAAUGGUACAACUAUGCCAGGAAUCACUGAACCGAUGAAACCAAUGCCAACUUAUCCAGAAUUUGAUUUCGAUAGCCCAACACCAGGUGUAAUAUCCAAGUGUCCUAAUAAAUCUGGUCAGUCGUCUUGUCGGAGUAGUUUGUUUUUCGUCAUUAUCGUUGUCAUCGCGUCAACAACUAUGGUCGUUUUGUAGAUUUUGAAAAAACAAAUGGCAUCCAAUUAUAUUCUUGGAUCAAUAAAUUUAAAUAUAUUCAUGUGUUGCACUGCUGGCCAUAAAGUCGUCAUAAGUUGUCAUUAAAUUAUAAUUGAAUAUGUGUUGUUCUUAAGACUAUGUUAUUGUUUCAAAUGUGUUAUAAUAAAAUAUUGUACCUACCUACUUCGUAUAUCCUAUGUUCGAUAGUUCUAAACUUCUAAAAAUAUUACUUUCUAUUGUAUAUUUGCAUUGUGAAGAACUGUUAGGUUAACAUAUAAAUGUUAUAAAAACUGAAACCAGUUACAUCUAAGUAUAAAUUAUGUAAUUUAAUUCUAGCUGUAAAUUAUCUUUGUUAAGAAAAUGUGUGUUAUUUGAAAUUGUAAUUAUAAUUUGAACAGUUUUAA